AUAAUGUCUUCCCAUAUCUCUCUCAUUCUUCCUCGUGUUCUAAUCGUUUCUAGACGAACCAUUCGUAAGAACAAGUUCGUUGAUUUCGUCGGGGAAUAUCACCUUGAUCUUAUAGUAAGCUAUGGUGCAGUUCCUGUUAUUGUUCCUCGUGUCUCAGGGGUGCAUAUGUUGUUGAAUAGCUUCGAACCAAUCCAUGGUGUCCUUCUAUGUGAAGGAGAAGACAUUGACCCUUCAUGGUACGAACAAGAUAACACAUGUCUUUCUCAGGAGGAGUUGGAUGAAAUCAGAAGGCUUCAUGCGAGUGAUACAUCCAUUGAUAAAGAGAAAGACUCAAUUGAGUUGAGCCUCGCCAAGCUUUGUCUCGAAAGGAACAUUCCUUACAUGGGAAUAUGCAGAGGUUCACAAGUUCUGAAUGUUGCAUGUGGGGGUACCCUUUAUCAGGACAUAGGGAAAGAGCUUUCAAAAAAUUGUCCUGAAAGCCAAAGAGUGAUGCAUAUAAACUAUGAUGAUUAUGACGGUCAUAGACAUGCUGUUAAGGUUGUCAAAAACACCCCUUUGCAUCAUUGGUUUAAGGAUUCAUUGGAAGAAGGGAAAAUGGAGAUUUCAGUUAAUAGCUAUCACCAUCAAGGUGUCAAGAGAUUGGCACAACGUUUUGUCCCAAUGGCGUUUGCCUCUGAUGGCUUGAUUGAAGGGUUUUAUGACCCUGAUGCUUAUAACCCAGAAGAGGGCAAGUUUUUUAUGGGAUUGCAAUUUCACCCAGAACGUAUGAGAAAGCUGAAUUCAGAUGAAUUUGAUUACCCAGGAUGCCCUUUUGCUUAUAAGGAAUUUGUAAAAGCAGUAAUUGCUUAUCAGAAAAGGCUGAAUAGUUUAACAUAUAUUCAAAAGCCUCUGAAGCUUAACAAGGAAAUGGAGAACUAA